AUGUCGGUUCCUCCUACCCCUCAAUCGCCCGUGGCAGCGCUCGCCUCACCCGCACCAGGUGCCGCUUCCACCCUCCAUGGUCCACCCGCAGGAGCAGCCCCCGCAGCAGGAGGAGGUUUCUGGACCAAAGCAAUCAGUCCCGACGGUCGACCAUUCUACAACCAUUCCAUCACCAAAGAAUCCGUAUGGGAGAAACCAUCGGAACUCAAGACCCCGGCCGAGUUGGAGGCGGAGAAGACACCGUGGAAGGAAUACGAAGCGAAUGGCAGACCCUGUGCGUCCAGUUGAUGGAUCCCUUUCUGAGACGUGCAUCUCAUAUUCGUUGCUUCUUCAGAUUGGGUUCAUGCCGAGACCAAGGAGACGACGUGGACAAUCCCUGCCGUUGUUCAAGGUCAGUUGCGAAAGAGCCUCUCUCGUCAUGAAGUGGGGAUGUACGAGCUGAUGAUUUCGCCUUCUAUCAGACAUCCUUCAUCGCUAUUCCACCAAGUAAGCACCUCUUGAAGAUAUUUUCAAUGUCCAGCACCGUUGCUGAAUCAGUUCUCACUUCGUUCCCUCUUCGCAGCUCUCCGAUCCCUCCUCCGAUCCCCCACUCGCCUCUCCCACCUCCACCCGCCCUCUCAUCCAUGAGCCCUCGACACAUGGGCAACCCCAAUUUCCAACCUGGACAGAUGCCCAUGCGUCCACCGAUGAAUCAAAUGUCGCCCCCUCACCCCCAAGUGUCUGGCCCUCCCCUCGUCGGAGGUGGUGCGCUCGUUGGACCAGGUGGAUUCGUCCCCUCCGGUGCGAACGCCAUGAGUCCUGAUCCUACCCAUCGCAACAACCACCACCACCACCACCACCACAACCACAAUCAGAAUCACCGCGGUGAUCGUCAUGACGAACGAGAUCGUUCCCACGAUCGUUUCGGCCAUGACGGGAUCCCUCGAUUUCGUAACUUCCACGAUGCCGAGGCCGCCUUCAUGGACAUGUUGAGCGCGUUCAAAGUCGAUGCUUCGUGGACGUGGGAACAGGUCAUGAAGGAGACCAUCACCGAUCCUUAUUACAAGGCGCUCAAGACGUUGACGGAGAGGAAGGCCGCGUUCGAAAAAUACUUGGUCAAGACCGUCGAGAGGGAAAAGGAAGAGAGGGAGGCGAGCUUGGAGAGGUGUAGGAGGGAAUGGGGUAGGGUGCUGGAGAAGCUCAACGGCGGGACCAUGAUGGAGAAUGGGGUCAAGAGUUGGUGGAGCUUUGAGAGGGCCAAGAAGGAAUUGGAGAUCAAGGCGUCGGAUGUUUGGGGGAUGCCGAGGAACGACGAGGAGCGCAAGGCCUUGUUCAAAGAGUUUAUCGAGGCGCUCAAGGAGAAGGAAGAGGUUGGUCUUUUGAGUUUGGAGCUAUGCAUGAUGAAUCCUUCUGUGGAACCUGAUUCGUUCUGAUGCUGGAUUCAACAGACUAUGAGGAAGGAAGUGCGCACCAAGAACCUCGAGAAGCUGACCUCGAUCCUGCGCUCGCUCAACCUCGACCUUGCUGGACCUUUACGCUGGCAAGACGCGCGUUCGACGAUCGUGCGCACUCCAGAAUGGCACCGCGAUCCCGAGCUUCAAAAGGUCGAUCCGAUCGACAUCCUCCAGGUGUUUGAGGAGCAGGUCAAGAUCGCCGAGAAGGAGGCGAUUGAGGGGAGGGCCAGGCAGGUCAAUGACAAGAAGAGGAGGGCGAGGAAGGCCAGGGAUGAAUUCAAGGUUCGAUUUACCAAGAUGCUCUGGGCUGGCCGGAGAUGAUACUCAUUACGUUAUCUUCUACUACCAUAGGAACUCUUAAAUGAGCUGAAGGAGUCGGGCCACAUCAUCUCAGGCACGACGUGGCACUCUAUUCACCCCGUCAUCGAGAACGACCCGCGCUACCUCGAACUCGUUGGACAGACGGGCUCGUCGCCGCUCGAACUGUUCUGGGACCUGAUCGACGAACUCGACCAAGUGAUUGAGGAGCAUCAGAGGAUGAUUGAGACGAUCCUUUCGGAACGCAAGAGCAAGAUUGAGGAGUCAACGACGUACGAGCAGUACAGGUCCAUGAUCGAUGGCGAUGAGCGCGUACACAAGAUUGAUCAAGAAAUCGUUCAAGUCACAUAUGAGAAGGUGAGCUCCAGACUUCUUUUCGUCUUUAUUUUUUCUCCUGUCGUUUUUGCUAUAUCACACUACGUCAUGCUGACUGUGCUGCGCUUGGGCCUCGUCAGCUUCACACCCGCGUCGUGCGCCAGAACAAGGAGGAACGACGCAAAGCCGAGAGAAAGGUGCGCAUCUUAGCCGAUGAUCUCAAGUAUGCCUACAAGAAGCUUGAUCCUCCGGUCGAACUUGACGCAACAUACGAAGAGGUAAGCCAUCCUCGGACGCGCGGCGAGGAGUCGGGACCUGGCAGCUUGGCGGGCUAAGUCUCCGCGUGGUCUUCCUUUUCCUUUUUUGUGACAGCUCUUGCCUCGUAUUCAAGAUACGCCCGAGUUCAUUGCGCUCACGGACGAAGCACAGCGCAGGUUGGCGUACGAAAAGUUCAUGCGUCGUCUCAAGGUCAGUGUCGUCGCUACGUCAUCCUCCGACAAAUCCCCGUGAGACCCGAGCGGAUCUCCCCUGUCGAUGACGAAGCUGAUCAAAGCGACUUUUAUUUUAUUUGCACGGUACGACGCGACCCAACAGGAGAAGAUGCAAGAACGUGAAGGGAGUGGCGGACCGAGUCGACAUGAGGGUGAACGUGCGAGGGGCGGGCAUGAAUCACGAGAACGCGAACGUGACCGGGAGCGUGAUCAUGGAAGUCGGUCGAGUCGGCACGAGCGCACGCGCCGUGAGUUGUCGGCGAGGGAUACGUCAGAAGGACCUCCUCUCCAAUCCAGCUCGACGACGACGAGGACCUUCUCGGCAAACAAAAGGACCGCCGGUGCCGAACAUGACAAGGAGGAUGAUAGAAAGGUCAAACAAGUUAGGUUGGAGAAGUCCAGUAAUGGCAAGCGAAUGGAUGCUGUCAUGGUGAGUCCACGAAGGCAAAAGCGCUGUGUCGGCGUGCCUGAUGCCCGGUGGGCCGCGGACUUUGGCGCGAUACACGACACGACGCUAAAAACGAGGCGCCACUCGAUCAUUUCGUUUUGGUUGCCCACAGACGGACGGAGAGGCUGA